AUGGGCAAUCCAACCGUCAACGUCGCACCUCUAGCACUGAUUAAGAGAGUAUGGGAGAGGAUCGCCCCUUUGCAGCUGGCAGAGCGAAGUUGGGAUAAUGUCGGACCGAUGAUUGAGGCACCAUAUCCUAAUCCUAACAAUCGACAAGUCCUCUUAACUAUCGAUUUGACACCAUCCGUGGCAGCCGAAGCAUUAUCUCUCCCCUCUUUAGCGUUAAUCAUAUCAUACCAUCCACCAAUAUUCAGAGGUCUUAAAUCAAUGACUUUACAAGAUCCUUUACAAUCUUCUUUAUUGAAAUUGUCAGCGAAAGGUAUUAGUGUCUUUUCGCCUCAUACGAGCUUGGACGCUACUCCGAACGGUAUAAAUAGUUGGCUUAUUAGACCAUUUUUGUCGAUAUCGAAAUCGAACUCACCCAUAACUACUUCAGAGCAGAUUGAAGGAUUCGAAGGUGCAGGUAUGGGAAGGAUCGUUAAUUUGUCUGUACCAUUGGAUGUAAGACAGGUAGUGAAGAUGGUUAAAGAUCAUUUGGAUCUUGAUCAUGUUCAGUUGGCCACUCCCGAAAUCGAAAGACCCAUCAAUUCAAUAGCUGUCUGUGCCGGUUCAGGUGCAAGCCUCUUCAAAGGUGUGAAAGCGGAUUUGUACCUAACAGGAGAAAUGUCCCAUCAUGAGGUCCUCGCUGCUAUACAUUCAGGAACCUCCGUCAUCCUAACCAACCACACCAAUACCGAACGACCCUACCUUUCUCAAGUGUUACAACCAUGGUUGGAGAAAGAGUUGAAUUCGGAGAUUGACAUACAUGAUGAACAGCCCAAUGGGAAAUGGCAAGUUUUAGUUUCGAAAGCUGAUAGAGAUCCCUUGAGAGUUGUUUAA